ACAAAUAUUUACUUUACGAUUCUGUUUCGUCAAGGGGGGUGAGUCAAUGUAGCUGUCAGUUUGUCAGAAUUUAUAGAUAAAAGUUUAGCUUUAACUUAGGUGUGGUACUCUGUCAUUUUUAGUGAAAAUACAGCAAUGUCGGCGACUCUGAAACCAUAUCUAACGGCCGUACGCCAUACACUAACUGCCGCGAUGUGCUUAGAGCAUUUCUCAUCGCAGGUCGUGGAACGAUACAACAAGCCCGAGGUCGAGGUUAGAACGAGUAAAGAACUCUUGCUGAAUCCCGUCGUCAUAUCUCGUAAUGCCAACGAGAAAGUGCUAAUAGAGUCCUCCAUAAACUCUAUUAGAGUGAGUAUUAUGAUCAAACAAGCCGAUGAGAUCGAGAAGAUAUUGUGUAAAAAGUUCAUGCGUUUCAUGAUGAUGCGAGCCGAGAACUUCAUCGUUUUGAGGCGAAAACCCGUCGACGGAUACAACAUCAGCUUCCUGAUCACGAACUUCCACACGGAGCAGAUGUUCAAGCACAAAUUAGUGGAUUUCGUUAUAUAUUUCAUGGAAGAAAUUGAUAAGGAAAUCAGUGAGAUGAAACUGGCCGUUAACGCUCGCGCACGUAUUUGCUCCGAGGAGUUUUUGAAGCGUUUCUAAGUGGAUUAUACUGGUAUAGACUAUGAUGAGGCUGCCACAGCCCCAAGCUUAGUUCCCACCCUUCAACUAUUAAGCUCAAAUGUGGGUGAGGCACAAGCCUUAUUGUGGUGCACUUGGUACUUGAUUAUUUAGUGACUGAUGUGAUUCUUAAUUUAUAUUCAUCAUUAUGUUACAUGACAAGCAAAGCUCUGUGGGUUCAAUGCAUGUAGAUAAUGUUUGGUAAAGUCUAAGGGAUGCCUUUUUGCCCAAUAUAUGUUAGCCAGGAAUAUGUUCCACUGCAUAUGAGUAUCCUGUUCAAUUGCUUGAUAAGUAUGAAAGUGCAGUAAUUUUGUAGUCUUUUAGUUUGAAAGCUACCUAAAGUAUAAAGGAAAAAAAGCAUAGCAAAAUCCAGAAUUAUAUAUUUUAUCUUUUCCUAGACUUUUCCUGUUAUGGUAUAGUGACUCGUGACACCCAUAACCUAUAGGACUAAAUUGUUUUAGAGUCAAUACUAAAUACUGAAAACUGGUAGCAUCCUCUUUGCCUUUGUUGUUUUCAAGUAAUAGAGUCAACCCAAAAUAAGUUGGCAGUGAUUCUGGCAGUCCAGACAGUGAAAGUGUUAUUAUAAACCAGUUAUCAGUAUUUAUUUUUAGCAAAAAUUAUCUGUGCCAAUUUAACUUGUUUUUAUUUGUUGCCCACUGCUGAGCACAGGCCUCUCUUACUUUGCCUUUAUCUAAAUUAUUUGGCAAUAUGUGUUAGCCUAAGCAAGCUUGUCUACUUUGAAACUAAGUUAUGACUCUGCGCUCAAAUGUCAAGGAGAGUUUUUAUGCUUUAAAAGAAAUAUAAAAUUUAUACUCAUUUAUAACAUGAACAUUUAAAAGUAUUGUGAUGGGAGAAUCCAGUGCCAGUCAUUUUUUAGCCUACCUAGGCUUGGUAUUUUAAUAUCUAACAAUAUAUUUUUUUAACUAACCAUUUACUUUCUUAAUCAUCUAAGACUUAUAUUAAAUUAAGCUUUGAUCUCUUCCUUUAAUAUGUUUAGACCCACAGGGUUUUGCUGUAUACAUACUCCCUUGUCUCUUCGAUUUUUUGUCUUUUUAUUUAAACAGACAUAAGUUUAACCACUGCUUAAAAUAAUGGCAUGAAUUUAUAAAUAAAAAGUAAUUUUAUUCAGUAACUUGAUUUCCAAACUUUGUGAUGGUACUCAUUCCUAACUUAAGGCAUUUUAUAGGGUUUUAUUAUAUUGUAUAUUAUGUUAGCAAAUCCAUAGCUACAUAUUUAAUACUACAAGAUCUUAAUCUUAAUCCUUUGACUACUAAAGAUGUCAUCUGAUGGGAUAUUGUUUCCCAUAAAGUUUUAAGUCAUAAUGUAUUGUUUGUCCGCAUUUUCGUUAGUCAAUUUGGUUUUUCUCAGAAAUGUGUAACAUUUCAGGAUUGCCAUACAAACCAAAACAAACCUAACCUAACCUAGCUAUAGGAUAACUUAGUGGAAAUCCUGAAAAGUUAAUGGUUUCAGAAUUAUGGCUAAUGAUAAUCUGACAAUCAUUACAUUAUGACUUUCAAUAAUUAUGUCAAACAAAGGGAUCCCCAUCUGAUGCGUACGGCUACAGCUCAAAAUCAAUCUUUGUGCAUUGUAAUAAGAUGCAUGAUGAGUGAUGACACACAAAACAGCAUGACCUUCAGAGGGUUAAGAAACUUCUGGUAUAAACAUUUUAUAAAAUAAACUAUGAGGCCAGUUUUCAGGAUAACUUUGGUCUUGUCACAUGCACUAACAUUUUAAAAUAUUUUUAAGUUAGGAUUAUCAAGUGAACACUCAAUUUGUUCAAAGUAAAGAUAAACAAAAUAAAAGUCCAUUCAGAUCUAGCGAAUGUGCUUGGAUGGUAUUCCACCUGUCUUAUUUCUUGGUCCAAUGUGUAUUUGCGUUAUCUCAUUAGCAAAUUUUUUGCAUAAUGUGACAGGGAGACGCGAUGCGAUGCACAGAAAUUGGACAGGAGGUGGAAUACCACCGUUAUGCACAUUUUUGCUUCAAAUUGAGCACUUCCCGUAGACCUUGCAUGGUCACCUUAAUAAUUAUACACACUGAAGUUGCCAAUAUGUAAACAAUGUUUUAAAAUAUAAAGAGCAAUAAAUUAAUGAAUUUUAAGUAUAAGUUUUCGAUUCUAAGUUUUAUAAUUUAAAAAUAUACUAUGACUAUAUGUUGAUUAUUUAGUUUUGUUAUUAUUAUUUGUAACAUAAGGUCAGAAAGCUAGUAUAAGUUUCAUUUCAUUUAAAUAGUUUUAUCAUGUAUUAUUUGUCUUGACUUGGAAAUCAAUAAAACAAGUUAUGUAUUUGUAA